CGAAUAUAAAUCCCCCACUUGAUCCCUAACCUUCAUCACUCCCUUCUGCAGCUCCUCUGCUUUCAAAUCCCAAUUCCUUCCUCCAUUUCUUCUUCAACUUUACCCACAAGGUGCAGCAGCCAUGUCUAAGGAUCUCGAAGCCGGUGGGUUCGCUACCAAGGACUACCAAGACCCACCACCAGCACCGUUGAUCGACGCCGACGAGUUCACUCAAUGGUCUUUUUACAGAGCCAUCAUCGCCGAGUUCGUCGCCACGCUUUUGUUCUUGUACGUCACUGUUCUCACUGUCAUUGGCUACAGUAACCAGUCCGACAUAAAAAACGGCGGCCAAAUCUGCGGCGGGGUCGGCAUUCUUGGCAUCGCUUGGGCAUUCGGCGGCAUGAUUUUCGUCCUCGUUUACUGUACCGCUGGAAUUUCCGGAGGGCACAUUAACCCGGCGGUGACUUUUGGGUUGUUUUUGGCUCGGAAAGUGUCUUUGGUUAGAGCAGUUCUUUACAUGGCGGCUCAAUGUUUGGGCGCCAUUUGUGGGUGUGCUUUAGUGAAAUCGUUCCAGAAGGCUCAUUACAGUGAGUACGGCGGUGGAGCCAAUUCACUCGCCGAUGGCUACAGCACCGGCACCGGCUUAGCCGCAGAAAUCAUCGGAACUUUCGUUCUUGUUUACACCGUCUUCUCCGCCACCGAUCCCAAGAGGAAUGCCAGAGAUUCUCACGUUCCUGUUUUGGCGCCACUCCCAAUUGGGUUCGCGGUGUUUAUGGUUCAUUUGGCCACCAUUCCGAUCACCGGCACCGGCAUCAACCCAGCUCGAAGCUUUGGAGCCGCCGUGAUCUUUAACAAAGACAAGCCAUGGGAUGACCAGUGGAUCUUUUGGGUUGGCCCCUUCAUUGGAGCUGCCAUUGCUGCAAUUUAUCACCAAAUCAUACUGAGAGCAGGGGCAGUUAAAGCUCUGGGAUCGUUCAGAAGUUCCACCUCCGUUUAAAUCUAAUAAUACAAAUCUCUGUUGUUCUGCGUUUGGGGCCAAAACAAGUGUGAAUUUUCUUUACCCAAAUUCCCCAAGGCACUGGUUUUUAUGUGUGCCUUCUAUCCAUCAAUCCAAUUGCUGUAUUUUCUUUACCUUUUCCUCUGUUUUUGGCCUCCAAUUAUGUAAUUGUCUAUGUUUUAAUGCAAAGUUCGAUCCAA